GUAUGACUGCGACGUUGAUAAAGUGGACCCGAUAUGUUGUUGCUUAUAAUUGUUGCGUUCUUUGUGAUACUUGCAAUCAGUUGCGCAUCUAGCGUUAAAGAGUUCGUUAGAUGUAAACGACGAAGAGCGAGAAUGCCUUGUCCACGUGGAUAUCAGCCCAUAUUGGGCAACUUACCCACCAUUAUACGAUUGAUACCGGAGGAAUUGUUCCGAACCCUACGAGAAUGGGGAUUGAACUACUACCCAGUCUAUAAUACGUACGCUUUGUUCUACACUGCAACGCACAUCUGCGGUCCUGAAGAAACGGAGGCGUUAAUUUCAACGAUGAAACACAAUAGCAAAGGAACAAUAUAUCAUUUCUUGGAUAAAUGGUUGGGAGAGGGUCUUCUGACCAGCGCGGGAACUAAAUGGCAAACGAGAAGGAAGAUCCUAACACCGGCGUUUCAUUUCAAGAUCCUGCAGCAGUUCGUAAGCGUCUUUAACCGCGAAACACACGUCUUGGUGAAGAAACUGGAAGCCGCUUGUGAUCAACCGCAGUUAGACAUAACUCCUUAUAUCACCAACUUCACGUUGGAGACCAUCAACGAAACAUCAAUGGGAGUGAAGUUGGACGUGAGCACCACAGAAGGAAAACGCUACAAAAACGCCAUUUACGGUUUAGGCAACCUUUUAAACGAACGCGUGCUGAAGCCGUGGUUCUACCAAGACUUGACUUAUUUCCUAUCCCCAUCGGGGAGACUUUCCUUAAAAUUAACGGAUAUAAUGCACAAAUUUACGGAUAAAGUGGUCCGAAAUAGGGAGAAAAAUUUCGAGCAGUUCAAAAUAAUCGACCAACACGUGGACGACUCCUAUUCUUCGAGGAAAAAGCUCGCUUUUCUAGACAUCUUGCUCAAUGCUAAACUACAAGAUGGCAUCAUCGACGACGUAGGCAUAAGAGACGAAGUCAACACAUUUAUGUUCGAAGGCCAUGACACGACCGCGGUCAAUUUGACUUUUGCUCUUAUGCUGAUAGCUUGUCACCAAAACGUGCAGGAAAAUAUCUACCAAGAGAUUAUGCAAGUGCUGGGCAACGACCCGGAAAAGCUUCCGUCUUACAACGACCUCCAGGAGCUGCAAUAUAUGGAACGAUGCAUUAAAGAAAGCCUGAGGCUAUAUCCUAGCGUUCCACUAAUAGUAAGAAAAACUGAAGAAGACAUCGAAACGAGGGUGGGGAUAAUCCCAAAGGGCUCGGAAGUGUUCGUUCACAUCUACGAUCUGCACAGGAAUCCUGAUGUGUGGCCCGAUCCGGAAAAAUUCGAUCCCGAUAGGUUCCUAUUAGACAACUGCAAAACGAGGCAUCCUUACGCUUACAUCCCUUUUAGUGCCGGACCCAGAAAUUGCGUAGGUCAAAAGUUCGCGGUUUUGGAGAUGAAAGCUGCGCUAUGCGGAGUUUUGAGGAAGUUCAAACUGGAACCGGUGGACACGCCCGAGACUUUGGUUCUUUAUCAAGAUUUGGUGAUAAGGUCCCGUCACGGGGUCAAAUUGAAACUUGCUUUGAGAUAAGUUUUUUGACAAAUUUGUAUUAUAUUAUUAUAAAAAUGUGAUAAUUAGAAUCAAAUCCAAUGCAAAUUGUAAAAAAAGUCAAAAUUUGGAUUUGAAUAUAGUUAAAUAAAAAUCGCAGGAUUUUAGAUCAGCAUUCAGAGCUGUGAACGAGAGUUUAUGCCAACCUCAUGUCUUUGGUGCAAUAGAGCACCAAAGAAAAUUUCUAUAAACGCUGUUGAUUAUCUUUAUAGUGUGCCAUAUUUCACUUAAGGUUAAGUGUAAAUUAUUUGAUAUAAUAUUAUAUUAUAAAGAAAAAGGAGGCCAAAUUUUCAUCAAAAAGUUUUGUAAAAGACAGGCAAACUAAAAGUGAAGAAAAGACUUUCGAAAAAAGCUUAGUUUUCGAACCUUAUAGAACUCCUUUAAGAAUAUUUCUGAUGUAUGAUGUGAACAUUGUGGAAUCAAUCUUAUACCGUUUUAAUAAAAGGAUUCAUCUGUAUCUCCUUAAUUAUCUGAAGAUUUUAAAUUAUUUUCUUUUCAUUUCGUAAUUAUUUUUUGUGGGCCAAUAAAAACCAUUUAUUAUUAUUACUUGUUAGAAUUAAGUGAAUAAUUUUACUAUUAUCGUACAACCAUAUUUGUUUCAGUUUCAGUUCAUAUUAAAUAGUAGUUUAUCAAAUUUUAACAAUUUCCGUGUGUGACGAUUGUAUAAACAUUAAACGUUUUCUGCCAAUUUAAUAAUUUCUCAGGGAUCAUAAGCAAAUAAAUUAGGUAAAACAACAACAUAUUAAUUAAAGAGUGAAAAACAAACUCAUUUAGCCCUAAUUAUAACUCUCAUACAUAGAAACAUAAAAAUUAUCAACCAUUCUUCAACUAUAGCAUGUUUGAGUUCUAGAAGAUUCCUUGGAGCAACAUUUCGCAUUUUUAACUUCAGUAAAUUUUCUCAGAACUAACACUUCUAAUAAACAUCUUUCAGGCAUUCAGAUAUAGAUAAACUUGCCGCACCAUAAUGGACCUUCACGAAAAUUGGAGUCAAGUCGAUUUUAGCAUUUUGAAUAUCCUCGUCAACUGAUAUUUGUUGAUUAGAAGCAGAAGACUAAUUCUAGACUCUUCAGUAAAAAAACCUUGAGCUCAGUCGUUAAUGUUCUCCCUGACAAACUUUAGGCUACUACUAUUUUCUCGUAUUCCAUUCUCUCUUAACCUAUUAUGUACAAGUUGGCUAGUAAUAUCGUAUUUCUAGAUAUUUUUGCUCAUUUAAUAGCCUUCCUGUACAAUCAUACAUGAGCAGAGGUUUAAGUAUAUCGUUAUUCUAUCAAUACUCUAGCUGAGAACUGCCUAAUUGAUCUCUUUAUGAUAUAUUUGUGUACAAUUCUAUAAGCUCAUACAAGAUACAAAUAUGUAAAACAGUUAUGUACGAUUUUACGCUGUAAAAAUAUAUUUUCCUUA